AUGACAUCUAUCACAAGCUUGCCCAACGAGCUCCUUAUGGAGAUUUCGAGACAUUUGAACCGUGCAGCCGACUUGAGUUCCCUUUCCGCCACAAGUCGACGCUUUUACUUCGCCGUCAACCCUGUCUUAUACUCUUUUGCUGCUAUAAACUACCCGGGUAUCUUAUCCUGGGCCUGCGAAGCUGGCAAAAUUGAGAUGGUGAGGAAACUUCUCAAGGCAAGGCAAAACCCAAAUCAGCUCACAUCCAAUUCCCGAGAUCUUUUUUUAGAGGAUCGUAUGGGCAUUGAAUGGGUUCGCGACAUGGCAGACACUAGAGCCGUUGUCAACUCUAUAAUUAGUUACAAGCAGAGGGUUGUAGAACGUCGUUCAAGGCAUAAUAACGAUCCUCCUACUUACAACAAGAACUUAAAAAAUAGAAAAAGAACAAGAAGAGUAAGAAAAUACUUGCGUCUGGUUUUGAGAAAUUUCUGGUUUCCCCUCCACUCCGCUGCUAUAGCUGGAUCUACCGAGCUCGUCAAACUAUUGGUAGACUCCGGUGCUUUCUUGGACGUUCCUGCGCAUGCGAUUUAUAACUGCCAACCUCGUUACGACCGGAAGAUAAUUAAGUCUGAGUUUUACUAUUGGACGCCAUUGCACACCGCUUUAUGCUGCGGUAAUGAGGCCGUGGCAAACUUGCUUAUUAGCCUAGGGGCGUCAACAAAUGUUGAAAUAAAUAAAAGGAAGUCUAGUGCAUUGCAUUGGGCGGUUCGCGGUGGUUAUUCAUCAACCAUACAACUACUUUUAGAAGGCGACGAAAAGGUCCCCAUUGACGUCCGGGAUGUUGAUAACGCAACUCCCCUUAUGUGGGCUUUAGGGACACCACAUAGCAUCCCGACAAUGGAGUGCCUCCUUCGGUACGGCGCAAACAUGGAAGCGCAAACUAAUAGGCGGUGUUCUGGGUUUAAUCAACAACCCACUGCACUCUUACGAGCUAUUCGUUGCUGUUGGUACGAAGACGCUCUUUUCCUUAUUAAUUCCGGGGCGAAUAUCCAUCCUCCUACAGAUGCUUUACCCUCCGCACUAGACCAGUGCCUUAUUUCCCUCCGCGGGAUCCCUAGCGAAGAGAUGUCAGAGAAAGUGUUCUACCUUUGGCCUGAAAUAGAUAAUCGGAUGCAUAUACAAUUUUGUAGGCGUUUUGGCCUUGAGCGUGACCUGGGGGUUUUGUCAAAAAAUCCUGAUUUCAACGAUAUUUACGAUGAAGAAGUUCACUCUGGCAUGGUGGAAUUAGCCAAAAAGCUCAUCUGCAUCGGUGCUAAUGUUCACGGUUCUCCUGGCACUCGGUAUGCGCCACUAGUGCGCGCAUCAGGGGCUCAUUUGACAACGGUGGUAGACCUGUUGAUAAAGUAUGGUGCGGAAGUUGACCAAGAAGGUGAUGAUGGUAUAUAUCCGCUACUUGCUGCUGUCCUUACCACGGAUACGGUAUCACCGAAAUCUUGUUUUGACACUGUUGAGUGCCUCCUCAAAAAUGGGGCAAAUCCUAACAAAGUAACUCGGCGCAACCGGACAGUUCUCAUGGCCAUAUGCUCUAGUUCCUCCCACAACCCGAAUGAUCUUGAGCUGGUUAAGCUUCUUGUCGAAAAUGGUGCGGAUGUAAACGCUCGUAAUGUCUUCCAGGUGCGACGUCUUGCAUACUAUCUCUUCGAAAAGUCCUUGUUAUUUUCACCUCUUCAAGCCGCUCUCUGCACUCAUAAGGUAGAUAUCUGUCGGUAUCUUAUAGAUAUAGGUGUAGAAGAUUCUUAUCAAAUGUCUGAUCUUCAUGAAAUACUGGAACAUUUAGUCCAACAGGAUAGCUACUACUUCUAUUCUGGAGACGAAAGGAAACACGCUCGGGAGCAGUAUUGUGAAGCUUUCCAGCUUCUCUUCGAAAUUGAUCAUUCUGGAUGGCUUUUUAAACAUCCCAAGGCUCUUUGGAUGUCUACUAUGGUCCGUUGCUUUCCCCUGACGACGAUUCUCCUCAAAAAUGGCGCUUCUGAUGCUUCGUGGGUCAACAGGGAGGGGGAAACUUGUUUACAUAAUAUGGCCUUUUUUGGAUUCGGUGACUGCCUGGUUCCUACCCUCAUACCACACCUUAUCGCAAACGGCGCGGAUGUUAACAAGCUUAACAACGACGGCUGCUCGCCGUUGUCGUAUAUUCUACAAUCAGACUUCCUAGACGCCUCUGUGGAGGACGUUGGACGGUACGUCAGAUUGUUCACAGUCUUCAUCGAGAACGGAAUAAUCCAGACGAACCGCGAUGUAGAGGUAUUUGAAUUGCUGGUGGAUAACCUAGAUCUUCUGACCCAUAUAGUCCAGUUACACCUAUUUGUCGAACUAAGCAAUCUGUACGUUGUCAAAGGCGGGAAAAUAGUUGCCCGAGAAACACGCCUCCAUCGGGAAGUCUCUCAGGUUAGGACAAAUAUGGAUGAGGUUCAUUGA